AGGCGGUUUUGUCCGUCCCCCGACAUAAUUUUAAUGUUAUGCAGCUUCACAUGUUUUGUAAAGAAAACCUAGAAAUUACAUUUGAAAUACAAUUAAGAUAUAUUUAGGGGAUCUAGAGAAGGUGGGGUCUGUUUUAAAGGUGGCUGCCUACAAUAUAAGCCUAAAGUGCAGUGGGGAAAUCUUGAUUUGUGUACGGCCCUUGGAGGAAUUUGAAGUGGUCCCUUGAAUUAAAAAAGGUUCCCCACCCCUGAUUUAUUGUGAGUUGCCAACAAACAUUGUGCCAUACCACAUACAGCCUUUGAAGUAUCACUGAAGUGAACAUCAAACCUCUUCAUUAUGCAUUGAUAAAAUAAAUGGCCUUUUCCUAAAUGAGGUUAGACUUUUAAAAAAAAUGGAAAUUGGUAAUAUCCACGAGAACGUCUGGAUCAAUUUGGUAUAGCCUACUAUUUAGCCCACUGUUGACAUUUAUUUUAGCCGACUGCAAUCAGAAAGACUGUAAGCAAUAUGUUAACAUGGUGCACCACACAGCCAUUUCUAGGAAGCCUUUGUUAUGAAUGGUAUCCACAUUCAAGAAGCCCAAGCUUGGUGUAGUGAACUAUUUUGCCCAGCCAGUUCAGUUUUUUCAAAAUAUAUAUGAACAUCAAUGUGACACAUGAAUCACUUCAGUAUAUAAGUCAGUGUUUCAGAUAUAUCAGUGGCCUGUAACAAAUAUGCCAUCAUUUUACUGAGACGUAGCUUUUCCUAGUAUUGUGCUAUUCAUGGCUACUGGGUUUUUCCACCCUCCCCCAAGGCAAGUAUUGAUUGUAUUCAAUGAAUUGUUCUCCUCUGCACUGGCCAUCUGCUGUUGUGCUGAGUGGGAUGGGGGUUGACAAAAUUGCCAUGACACGUCUGAGUGUUGAAGAAAUCCCUUACAGCGCCCCCUGUUGUCUUGACUGACUACUCUUCCAAUCCAAAGCAAGAAAGCAGACGUAGCAAAACAAGGGAGCGGUCGACGUGGGGGCGUGUCGAAUUUGACGCAUAUUACGUAGCCAGCUCAGCCAAAUUCUUAACUGGACAAAUACACUAGCAGGUCAAUCGCUACAAGCGAGUUUAGAAAUACAUUUUGCACGGCACCAUGGAAAUGAAUACAUGCAACAUCCAGGUCCUUCUGCAAGCUGCCGAAUACUUGGAGAGAAGAGAGCGAGAGGCGGAACACGGCUAUGCCUCGGUCCUGCCAUUCUACAGCAAAGGGGUUUCGGACAAACGAAACAACAAACAGAAGAACAAGAAAAGUGGCGCUGGGAACAGCAGGUCAGUUCACAACGAAUUGGAAAAACACAGGCGAGCUCAACUGAGACACUGCUUAGAACAGCUCAAGCAGCAAGUUCCCCUCUCCUCAGAUUCAUCAAGAAACACUACUCUAAACCUACUGAGAAGAGCACAGCUCCAUAUCAAGAAACUUCAGGAGCAGGAGGAGCGCGCGGAGACGCUGAAGGGCCGUCUGCGCUGGGAGCAGCAGGAGCUGCGGGUGCGUCUGGAGCAGCUGCAGGCCGGGGGGCCACCCGCCACCGAGAGGAUCCGCAACGACAGCCUGGGAUCCGCCAUCUCCUCCGAACGCUCCGACUCAGACAGAGAGGAUGUGGAGAUCGAUGUGGAGAGUAUGGUGUGGACACUGGAGUCAGAUGGCAGCGCGCACGACGCGGACCACAGCUAUUCCACCCCCGACCGCGUCUGGCUAUGAUGGACGUACCGCAUACACUGUUAGCUCGCUUCCUGGUGGUAUAUGAAUGUGUGCGUGCGUGUGUGAGUGAUUGAGUGAGUGUGUGUGAGAGUGAGUGCGAUCUUCCCCUUCGCUGGGGGAUUGAAACAUUCCAAAUCGACCCUGCAAAGACAAAGAAAAGCAUCACUAUAUAGGACUGGAAUUUUUUAUUUUUCAAUAUAUAUACAUUGUUUUUUAUUAUAUUUCCAGUCCCGUCGGUAAUGCAGAGUCUAUACCUCUGUGGCAUGCCUAAUCUGAGAUGGAAUUCUGCGUUUUAAAAGGAUUGGAAAGCAUGUUCAAGGAUGCAAAUUUUUGAUGUAUAUAUAUAUAUAUAAGAAAACAUGAUCAAGGAUGCAUUAUUGGAAAGAAAGAAAAAGAGAGAGGAAAAUAUGGUGCUGCAGCCUAGAGCAAACCAUUUGUUCACUCACUUCUGAAACUGAAACCGCGCCGACCGUGCUUUUGUAUCUCUUUUCCGUUUCUUAUUUUCAUCUGGGUAAAGUCGCUCUAUAACUUCACUUUUCAGCUACCAAGCUUCAUUUCAGGAUCUUAGUCUGCACAGCUGAGAUAAAAGAUGCACAUGAGCUUGCACUUGCAUCCUGGACCUUCCGUCUAUUUAUGUUUUGUUUUCUUUCAUACUUUUGUUUUUCUGUCCGUUGUUGCACAGACAUCUAAGAAGCACUUGUUUUCUGAAACAUUUUAAAAAGGGGUGUUUAGCAACAGAAUUUUACAGAUUUAAAUCGAUCAUGUUUUUGCACAUAUUUGUUGUUUUAAUGGAACAUCUUCAUGAUGGCAAGGACAAAAAUCUCUUCCCUGCUGUGUCAGAGACUCCUGCACAGCAAGAGCAUUACCAACAGUCACCCAACUGGCCUCGAAUAGCAAUUUAUUUUGUCAUUUUAUUUUAUACAAGAACUGAGAACAUUGUAAUGUGUUACUACCAUUGUUUGAGAUGAUCGAGGCUGACAAAGAGUGUCUAUGUCAGAAGAACAGGAAUGACUUGUUACUGUGGCAGCAUUGCUUUUUUUUUUUUUUUCCCAAACUGAUUAACAACCCUCACAAUGCUAGUCAACCCCUCCAGGCUUUGGGAGGAAGAUGUUCUGUUCCCCUGGAGAGAGGAGAGAGGGGACGUGUUCAUGACCUACCUAUGCUGAACCACCCUGGAGGAGGUGUUCAACUAGCAGUUCCCAAUGCUGUCUUGGGUGUUACUUUGAGCCUAGGGCGCUUUUUUAAACGAGGGCCCGUAGCAAACUGUUAACAAAAAAAAAUGCAGUGAAAAAGGAGUGUGUUGCUGAUCCAGGCUACUUAAACUUUUAAAAAACCCACCUGAAAACGGUUUCUUUGGCUUGGCUACCCAGGAGGAUAAUUAAGCUAUAACUUCCAAAUCGUUUAGAACCAUGUGGUUCUACAUGUGGUAACUAGAGGUUCUAUGUGGCCAAGUCAGAGAGACCUUUGGAUGGUCCUAGAUGGCAGAGUUGUCUUCUGGAGUGUAGAUGUAGUGUUAGCUAGAUGUAGUGCUUGCAUGCUCCUGCAACACAGCUGAUGGCCAGUACACAGCUGAAUGUGCAGGGUUUUUUUACUGACCGCUUCUCCCAACGAACUGGUACCUCAUCAACAGCGAAACAAGCAAAAAGAAAAAGAACAUGUACUGUACAUAUCAGGAAGAACACAUGAUGUACAUACCAAGAAAAGAAAAACUCGCUCUGUUCUUUGUCACGGUUUUUUGUUAUAACUUAUGCAACAUUUUGUCCUUUGGUGGUGCUCACCGAAUAAUAACAGGUAUUUGUGAAGGACCUUUUUUUUUUGCCUUUUCUGAUUGUGACCACCGGAAGCCUUACUGCCUGGUUCUGUAUCACUGGAAGAAGAACAUCACCUUUGUAUCUCUGCCCCCCUUCCCACUCCCCCCAAUUUUUCCAAUGUAGCAUUUUUAUACUAGUGUAUACACUUUUGUAUAAAUAAAUAUUUUAUGUAUUUAA